AUGGGUCUUACCAUUACACCCCAGGGCCUCAAAACUACACCCCACGGGUCUUACAACUACACCCCAGGGUCUCAACACUACACCCCAUGGGUCUUACCACUACACCCCAGGGCCUCAAAACUACACCCCGAGAGUCUUACUACUACACCCCAUGGCCUCAAAACUACACCCCAUGGGUCUUACCACUACACCCCAGGGUCUCAACACUACCCCCCAUGGGUCUUACCACUAAACCCCAUGGCCUCAACACUACACCUCAGGGCCUCAACACUACACCUCAGGGCCUCAACACUACAGCCCAUGGGUCUUACCACUAAACCCCCCAUGGGUCUUACCAGUACACCCCAUGGCCUCAACACUACACUACACCCCAGGGCCUCCCCACUACACCCCAUGCGUCCAACCCCUACCCCCCAGGGCCUCAACACUAAACCCCAGGGCCUCAACACUAAACCCCAGGGCCUCAACACUAAAGCCCAGGGCCUCAUUACUACUACACCCCAUGCCCUCAAAACUAAACCCCAUGGGGCUUACCACUACACCCCAUACACAGGGACUUCAACACUAUACACAGGGACCUCAACGCUAUAUACAGAGACCUCAACACUACAACCCACGUGUCUUACCACUACCCCCCAGGGCCUCAAAACGACACCCCGAGAGUCUUACUAA